AUGGGUCGCGAGGAGCAGAUCGAAGAGCGCGAGGUCCUCGAGUCCAUCUUCCCAGAAGAAAUCACCGACAUAUCCGAGACCGAGUUCAGAAUAUCCAUCACCCUAGACGUCCUCGAACGAGAAGGGGAAGAAGCGCCCCAGUUCUUGCUCCAAGUCCGCUACCCCCAAGACUACCCCGACUCGGCGCCCCAUCUCGACAUCAUCGCCCUCCCCAAUGCACCUCCGCACCCCGACUUCAGCGUCGCCGACGACCGCGACCAGCUCCUAGAGAGCGUCGCAGAGACUGCCCAGGAGAGCCUCGGCAUGGCAAUGGUCUUUACGCUCGUCUCCGCCCUCAAGGAAUCCGCCGAGCAGCUCGUCCAGGACAGGAGAGAUGCCGCCGCCCAGGUACAGGAAGAGGCUCUCCUGGCCGCCGAGCGGGAGGAGAACAAAAAGUUCCAUGGCACGCCCGUCACGCCCGAAACCUUUCUCAAAUGGCGCGAGGACUUCUUGAAGGAGAUUGAGGAAAAGGAGCGGAGGGAGGAGGAGGAGAGGCUGGCCGAGCUGAAAAAGGCAAAGGUCAAGGAGCCGGUCAAGCUGACGGGCAGGCAGCUCUGGGAGCGCGGCCUGGCCGGCAAGGGAGACGAGGGCGACGAGGACGAUGGUGUGCCGACCGAGGCCUUGGAAAGGUUACAGGUGGAGGCAUCGUGA